UGAGCUUUAUGUAUCGACGUUGCCUCCUGGGUAUACCGUAGGUAUUCACGUACCUAUAAGAGGUGCGGCCGCUUUCUACAUAAGGCUAACACGAGAGCCAGCUUAGGGUUAAAAGUGGAGCAAAAGUGGACCUUGUCGAGAAAGAUCCUACCGCAGGCUAAUAAGACCUUCCACUAACCACUGACGGCGCACCUCUUAUGCGUCAAUACCUACAACAAAUCGUGUGUGUCAUGGUCACUCAUAGCUUGCAAGAACACUGAGUCACCUCUCUCUUGCUCCUGGCUCCAGACAUUUUGGUUAUUCCACGACAACACUAGCAAGAUUCGAAGCUGAGAAAAGUCUUUCAACACCGUCCCUUUACCCGUAUCCGACGUUGGCUUCACCCCGUGCAUAACAAAGAGAAUUGUUCGGACAAGAACAGGCGAUCGUCGAUCCACAACUGAAGGAAAUGGAUGACAAACUACAAUACUCCACGGACACACUACUCCCAGGUCGCGAGGCGGAUAUCGAAGGUCAGCUCCACUUCAGCCUCAACAACGCCGCGGCUUGGGGUCGAGCGGAAGACAGCAUCCAGCUGGGGCAUAUGAAAGAGGAGGAUGGCUGGCCUGCGUACUUAUCUAUGCCUUCAAAUGGUCCACUCCCGGCGCCUGCCGGUUUAGAUGCUGGACGAGAGGUUCUGCAUCCGGAGGCUCUCGCGCCUCCACACAAGAGAUCUGCAAUAUCUGGCCUAGACACGGACGAUCGGACAGAUACUCGUUCCGAAAAUGCCACCAACUGCAGAAUCGCGCCCGACAUCAAUGGCGAGCUCCAAGAAGACACUCCGCUGCCCUCAACAGAGCAGGCAAAUGUUGAACUUCGCGACGCAAAGCAAGUUCUCGCAGAGCGCGCCGCAGAACGCGAAAGAAGGAAGCGCGAGAGAGCUACGCAAGUCUUGCCACCGCGAAAACGUGCCCGCAAGGCGUUGAAAGCAUCGUCUUCUGUUGAUCUAGAUUCUGUAGAGCAGCAUCACAUGCCCACGGAAAUACUGUCCACAAACUCUCUCGCCGCGCCAUGGCCUGCCCUCAGCCCCUCACACGCCACCAAUACUUCGGAGCCAUUACUAUCUUUGGACGAAUUGCGCGUUAUAUCCAACCUCAUGGCCGCCCAAUCAAUGUCCGUUGACUUGACCACAACGUACACAUCCGCGCGUCUCAAUUCCAUGACAGAGAGCAUCUGGACUGCGCUGUGCAAGGAUGCGCUCUCCGAAUUCUCCCUGAAAGUGCAUGGUGCGCAGCUUUGGACGCACAUCGGAGAGGAGGUAAUCGCGUGGCCGGAGGAGUGGUUGAGGGUGCUAGCGAGCAUGGAGGUCCUGCCGACGUGGUGGUGGGUGAGGGAGGGGCUGGUAGAUUUGGUAGUUUUGGAGGGCGCGAAGGUAGAUGAUGGGGAGAUGGAUAUGGUUUGGAAUGAGCAUGCGGAGAGGGUGGCGCAGCGUAAGGGAAGUGCUGAGAGGGGUUAAAGGUCUGGGAGGAUUGGGACCUGGGAGCCAUGGAAUAGGUUUGUGAUCUGGGCUGUUUGGUCUUGCUGAACACCGGCAAAUAUUUCUGUAUCUUGAUAUGCUUCGCAGUCAUCUGGAGGUGAGCUAGACAACGAUUCAUUCCCAC